GGAAACUUCGCGGCGGCAACACGUAUCGAACUUGACCGAAAGCUCCGCGCACAUCGAACACCUCCCGAUGAUAACAGACGAACAGUGACCGAUAAUAUUGAUGUGAUCCAUAACGUACUAUGUUCAGACGAAUGUAUUGAUUAAGUAAUUGACUGUGAAAUUAAUAGCGAUGAAGAUGACAGUGAGUCGCAUCAGGGUGGUGGUGUUAGGGAGCCCGCGGUGCGGCAAGUCGGCUGUGGUUGUCCGCUAUUUGACGAAGCGAUAUAUCGGCGAAUACAGUUCUACAGGCGAUUUUUUAUAUCAACACAGAGUGGCUUUCGACGGAGCAGUUUCAGAAGUAGAAAUACUAGACACAUCUAACUGUGCGACUGGCGGUUGCCUGGCGGACCACGUGCGGUGGGGCGACGCGUUCGCGGUGGUGUACUCGGUGUGCGAGCGGCGCUCCUUCCUGGCCGCGGCCGAGCUGCUGGCGCUGCUGGAGCGGACCCGGCUGCCCGCCUGCGCCGCCGUCACCCUGCUCGGGAACAAGAGAGACCUCGAACAUGCUAGAGAGGUCCACGCCGAGGAGGGUCAGGAGUUGUCGCUGCGGUUCGGCUGCCAGUUCUACGAGGUGUCGGCGGCGGAGUCCAGCGCCGGCGCCGCGCUCGCCUUCCACGCGCUGCUGCGGGAGGCGCGCGCGCUGGCGCUGCUGCUGCCCGCCCCCCGCAGGAAACUCGCUGCCUACUCCGUGUCUAAGGUAAUCGGCACGAUAUUUGGGAAGAACAGCAAGAGUGUGCGGAAAAAACGACCAUCUCUGAGCAUUUGAAGACUUUGGAGGCUUCCUGAGAAAUAAAUAGACUGUUAUUUUAUAAACUACCAUGAUGGUAAUAUCAUGGCUACUUGAGUACUGUACUUGUAUAAAUGAAACAUAAAGAAGCUAUGAACGAAUCUCACAAAUGAUUGAUUGGUUAUGAUUUUAUUUUUAAUACGAAUAAUAUUAUAUUUCUUGUAAAUAUUAAUGGUACACCUCGCAUUAGAUUAAAGCAAGACAUAAGUAGGAACUUUAUUAAGGAUGCUAAGUGUAAAUAUAAUCUUAUACUAAUUUAAUAAAAUAUUUAGGUUUACGAACCUACGAAAGUACGAUAAGUGUGUAAAAUAUGCUUAUAAUAAACAAGUAUCCAAUAAAUAAA